GUGUAACAUUUCCCGACGAAACGAAGCUCUUGCAGAAAUAUCGUGCAGCAUUGUAAACUGAACACGAAACUUGCGGCAAAUUGUGACGCUCGUUUGGCGAUUCGCUGAUGGGAAUGCAGUUUAACUUUGAACGCGCCCCCACGCGGCUGGCUGCACGAGCACGGCGUCCAGAGGACUGACUGGUGAUGUUCGUAUUAUCGAUAGCAGCGAGGACUCGCCCGCUCCGCCAAGCUCUUUCGGAAUCGCUUUGCUCAUCCAGCUCUGCUGCGUAAAACUCGUCGGAUUGAUCGCGUCGAUCUCUCAUGCUCCCUCGCUCGCUGCUCGAGUGCGAAGCUCAGGUUACGAUUCCGCAGGUCUAUCUCCGCUCACUUGCUCAUCGUAGAUUGCGAUAGUCGUCAGCCUGGGGAACAAGGUCCCCGAUGAUCGCUACGGCUGUGACGAUCGAGUAGCGACGUGGUGGUUGUAGCUCGGCGGAUCCUCGCGAGAACUUGAACGACAAAUAGUCGUUGACGAGGAGGUAUUCCCGCGGUAUCCACGCUACGGGAUCUCCCAUGUGCCUAUUUCACGUGGACGUUGUGCAUACACGCCUUAGACACGAGGUCGCGGGACGUUCCGGUAAUCAUGGACGUUGAUUGUCCGAUGCUCAGUCUGAAACGAUCCAGCAGCGCGCCGAUGAUCAACCAGAUGAGCGCAGCCAUGUCCACACCGUCUACUUCCUCAUCCAGGGAUGCAGUAUCCUGUAACAUAUUUUCUAAUCCACCUCGUACACGACGCUUCAGCACCAGUAGCUUUAGUAAUGUUCCUAGAUUGACACCACGCAUAAGUCAAUUGCGACAGGAAGAAUCAGUGGACAUCGCCGGCCGGGAGGCGGCACACGAAAAGGAGCUUCACAGUGCCAUGCAGAUAUCGCAGUCAUGGGAGGAUCUGACUCUGGAGGCUGAGGGAUUGUCAUUCAAGGACUCAGAGUCUCCCACACAGCAACUUAAUAAACCCAUCACGAAGAGGCCAUUAGACCCCCUGAGUCUGAACUUGUCUAUUACUGGCUCACCAUUGUGUUCCUCACCAUCGCCUACAAGAUCUGGACUUGGUCAAAAGUGUUAUUCUCCAAGCAUUCAUAUGAUGGUUAACUGGAAGAGCAGUCCAAGCCCUACGAGAAAAUCUUUUGCCACGAGACGCAGCUUGAGUCCUAUUGCGAUAAGGCCGAGCUGCCUGGGAUCAGUCAAGAGGAAAUUCGAGCUGGACGAGACUGGCAGCCAUUUACAACCACCUGCGAAACGUACUUCCGGUUUACUCACAUCGGCUACGUCCAGGAUAGAUACGCUGACGAGCCCGCUUCCAAGCAUCAGCUCCGUCGGCACCCCCGAGUCGUUAUCGGGCGCGGAUUCGCCUAAUUUUUCCUUCCGGCCUGUCGACAGCCCGUCGCCAAUCAGAGCCGGCUUGAGCACCGACGACUCUCCGCCAUUGGACGCGAGUAAUCAAACCAAAAUGCUGGAUCAAGCUCAAGUCGAUCAGAUUUGCCAAGACAAUCAGAGAUGAACGUGAAGAAGAAUCUCGUCGGACGUGCGAACGCCCAGAUACGACAUGUCAUACCAAUCCUCGGCGAGCCGACGUGGGGAGGUAAUAGUAUCUGCACCACGGUGUUUGCUGUUGGGGAAAGAGGACGGUGCUUGUUCCUGCUACGUUGGCAUGAGCGUCAUGAUUGUGAUGCGACCACGUGGAUUUCGUUCAGGACGUUUGGUAGUGCGACGUAGUAACGGUCGGAAGAGAAGAAGACGGUCACUUGUGAUACUUUUUUUCGAUGAAACGUCAAUCUAAACUCGAUCGCCAGCGAAAGCGACAGCGUCGGCCUUUGUCUCCGUCUCUUCUUUCUUUGCGACCAUCUCCGCGAUGCACGAUUCACGCCAAGCUACACAUAUCGGCGGAAAGACGCUUUAUGUGCGCUCCUCACAGUCGUAUAAUCGCUCCGUUGAAUUUAAUGAAAUAUCUCAAUGAAAUGUUCGCGUUCUCUCCGGCUUUAGAAUGAAUUGUCCUCGAUUACCUCUUCAUUUUUUUUCUUCGUUUCUUUUCCAUUUGUAGAGAGAUGUUUCGUAUGUAUGGGCUAAUGUAUAUGUGAUUGUGUCCCCCCCCCCCACUUCUCGUUCAUGUCAACCGUUCCAUGUCUUUGAUCCUCCCCCGUUCGACGAGUUCUCACGUUGCCCUUGUUAUCUAUUUUUAACAUUUAGCAAAUAAUGUUUCAUCUCGAACAUUGAGAGUGUUGUUCUCGAUGCGACGUCUUCUAAUGAGCGUAUUUUGUAGUCAGAGCUGUAUCUGUAUAGACGAUCGAAGUAGUGCGUUGAUCGCGCGCGCGUCUCCCUUCUGUUGUCGCGCUUAAUCCGUUAGCCUGUUCAUGCGCGGAAACGACGAAUUUUCAUUACAAUGCAUCAAGGAAGAAGCAUUGUAUACGUUUGUCCUCGGUGUCUGCUGAACGAGAAUUAAUCGCGACUGCGCCGUAAUAUUGUACAUACAUAAUUUAACUAAGUCCCGCCCUUCUUUCUCCCUCGAGCGAUUCGAUAUCUUUAAUCCCUUUUUCAUUAUUAUAUUAUUGCUACCGAUACAUCGGCUCGAGUCUCGGCUAACCGUUCUGCCUAUCGAGAGACAUCUCUGGUGUACGCAUGAUUCGAUAGUCGGAUUCUCCCUCGAGCCCUGUUGAUAUCACUGCAUAUAACAAGUCGCAUUCCAACAGAGAUCCGUGUCUCGUGCGAAAUAUCAGAGAUGUUUCGCUUGUUUGAUGGAUAUACGAUAGACAUACGAUGGUGCAUUUUGCCGGCAAUUGUUAAUCAGGUUCGAGUUCUAGCUUGUAUCGUGUGCGUUAGCGACGUAGGUACUCACACAACAUACAUACACGUAUAUCCGACGCCGUUAUAAUAUGAAAAUUAAGAAUCUGAAUUGUAAGAAUUGUCUUACAUAUUAAAACACACACACACACACACACGUACUCGACAACAAUUAUAAUAUAUAAACAUGUUUAUUCUAGAUUUUUUCUGGAUAUAAAUAUCAUGUAUGAAUAACUUUCUCCCUCCUCAGUCGGCCUCUCCGACGCUUUCUUUACGAACGAUAAUGUUACAUAGAUCCCGUAAGAUGUGCUCUUUACUUAAAAACCAAAGGAUAAGUAUUAAGUUAACAUUAAUUUUCCAUUGCGGUUAAUACUAACAUCAUAUUCUCUUUUCUAUUCCUUCUAGUUUAUGACGUAAAAAAAGAAACCACAUACAUACAUACACACACACACACACACACACACAUACCAUACACACUGCGUGUGCGUCACACGCGCGACCAUCGUCCAAUUUGUUGUGUUCUUACGUUUUUCCAACAAAUAUAUGCAUAAAUUAUAUAUGUAUAUAUAUAUAUCUAAAAACUACAGCGAAACAUUACGAAAUGUGUAUGAUUUUUCCAGUCGAACACAUUCCGUGAAGAUUCUGCACGAUUAUAUGAUCGGGCAUUACUUUUGGAAUAUAUAUUUAUAUAGGCAUAUAUAAAUAAAAAUACAUAUAGAAAUAGAACGUUUAUAUAUACGUCUAUAUGAAGUUACAGUUCCAGGAGUAACUUGACUGACGACGCUACGAAUUUUGAUUGUGCCAGAAAAUAUAUAUUGUUGCGCAGGCGAGAUUAACAUUAGAUCUCCCGUAGGCGUUGUAGGAUGUAUAUUUCAGAGACUUCCGCUCGCCCGUUAAAUAAAAUUAUCGCAGAUCAUGUUAUCUUUCAUUUUAUGUAAGCAUUGUAGUUGCAGAAUUUUUCGUUUUUUGAUAAUAUCCGCACUUGGAUUACGCUUGAAUGUAAAUUGUUCCGGUCGACUGUCGAAGAUCUUAACGUCAUUUCUAAGAUUCACGAGAGUUUUUCCUCACUUAGUAUAUACGGAUAUCGUUACACACAAUUCAAAGAAUGCAUAUUUUUCAUAGGAAACCAAUGAUCUGUGGAUAUAUGUGAAUGCGAAACAUUAUCUGUAGGUUGAUCCCCCUUUUUUCAUAGAUUUUUGGUCUGAUUCGAUAUAUGUAGUCGUAGAGUACGCGAUUUUAACAGGAAAGUAGAUUCUUCGAGAUGUACAUUAUGCUUCCUACAGUUAAGACUGAAACUAAUAUUGCGUAAGGCGUAUAUAUCAAACCUAGAACAAUCUCUUUCUCACACAUACACGUACAAGCGUACAUUGAAUCUAUACGCGCGUCUAUGCAUCUUAAAUAUUUUUUUCUGUAAGGAUAUUUACGCGAGAGAGAGGAAUAAAGUGUGCCAACGCAAUUUUAAAGUAAA